UUUGCAGUCCAGAUCUUUCACAAUUCUCUCAUUGCACCCCCAGCUCUGAUACUGAGAUCUGGCAUUAAAAGCAGCACAGUGCAGCAACAGUGUGCAGGCCAGGAAACCAGGAAUUUGUCUCCACAUGGAUAUUGGAAGUGCCAAGUGUGCCCUGGGCUAUGCUGGUACAGGACAGUGUAGGUCACCCAUCCCAGACAAUGCACAGAUUGACUGGAAGGCUGCAAUAAAUGUGAAUUCAGUAUUUUCAUAUCAUACAUGAAAAAAAAGCAGAGGAAGGUUUAUUAUUCAUGAAUAACAUGGAUUGAUUCACUGAACCAAAAAUGGUUUUCAUCUGCAAAUAAGAUAAUUUCAUUCACUAGAGUGAUUGUGCUACAAUUUUACAACAGGAUUGAGAGCCUUUUUUAUUGAUUACUUCAAAUCAACUGUGUUGUUGCCUACAAAUUGGUACAAAACCACACAAUCACAUUUAUGACUCUUCUACAUCAGUACACGUGGAAUGUUGAUCUGUAUCAUUGCAUAUUUGUUUAAUCAGGCUAAUAUUUCAUCUGCCUCAUUGGAGUGAUAUGCGAUGAGAAAAAACUCAAAUUACUGAAACUGUUCAACUCAUUCACUUCUGUUCAAAGAGCUAGCUGAGGGAUUUAGUCUAUUUUAAACCACCCAGAGAUUCAUUCUCUUUUCUAAACACUAGAUUUUGCAGAAAGAAAAUAAAACCCCCUUUUUUAGGCAAAACCAUCUUUUGGCACCACGGAAUUAACUUGCAAGUUUGAACUUUCUGUCCCUGAGGAGAGUUGGUAGAAUUGGCUACAGAAAUCACUUUGCUUCCAUGGGCUUUUUGGAUCCUCUGCUUCAUUUACCUUUCUAAGGACUCAGCAUAGAAGUUCUUGCUUUCUCCAAGUCAGACAAACAUCCCAAAAUCCAAAGGAAAUGGACCUCCCUGGCUGUGCCUCAGUAAGGAGAGAGAAUGGAACUGUGAUCCGCCUCAGGGAGACAGACUUCAACAGUUCCUCAGAUUUGGAUUAUACAACUUUGCUGCUUUUGCUGGAGGAGUGGUCUCUCACCCCAUCAGGCACAAACAUGAAGAUGUUUUUAAUCUCUCCAGUUGUCUGCCUCGUGGCAGGUGUCCUCGUCAUCCCUACCAUCUUAUUCGUGAUCUUCUCUCGGUUUAAAAUCCGCCAGGAAACAAGGUACAUGCUGCUGGGAAACGCUCUGCUUUCUGAUCUGAUCUACCUGCUGUUCUACACCCUGCUAGCUGCUCUCAAUGCAGCAUAUCUAUACCUCCCAAAGGAAGCUUGUGUCCUGCUCUUGUUUUUGCUGGCAGUGGCUUACUGUGGAGGACUGUUCACAGCUGUUGCAAUAGUGGUGGACACAUACAUAGCUGUUUUGUUUCCUUUGCGCUACAUUGUUAUUUUGCCUCCUUCACGAACUAAAAAAAUCAUUGUAUUACUGUGGAUGUGUUCUGGAGCUUUUCCUACGAUUUUCUUCCUGGUGCUAUGGACUACCCACAGCUUUGCGCCCUGUGCCCUGGAAACGUGCUCAGUUCCAGUAAUACUAAUAUUAGCUCUGAAUGGGACUGAUGUUGUGAAACUCUGUUUCUGGCUUUCUACCACAUUUAUCAUUCUCUGCCUGUCUGUAAUAUUUUGUUGCUAUGCUAUGCUGUAUUUUAAAACCAAACACUCGGGUAUAUGGGAGAGCAUCUGCUCCAGAGCCAGUGUAACAUUCUUGAUGCACAACACUGUGUUAUUUUUUUACUUCUUUCCACUCUUGGCCCUUUUUGUAGAAUCAUUCUUGUGCAUUAAUGCCAUCAGACUGGAGAGAGGAAUUUUGGUCUCCUUGACAGUCUGCAAUGUCCUCACGAUUCUUCCUAAAGUUUUGUUCCCUUUUCUGUAUGGGCUUCGAUACAGAGAGAUCUCAGCCUCUCUCAAAUCUAUUGUCAGGAGGAAGCAGCUUCACCUGGUGUCACCUGCUCCACCACCGUCCUGAGGCAGCACAGAGCACAGUCACAGCAGAGGAGCUGUCCUCAUCUUGUUACCGUGCAAGACUGAUGGAAAUCACCCAGCUUCUGAAGUGGAGAAGUGAUCAACCCAUGGUAAGAAGACAUGGGUCCUUUACCGUUUCCUUCGUGCCAAAAGGUCACAGACCUUUCAUCACAACAUAGCUGAGGAUAUAGUGAAUGUUACCCUGGAUGAAGUUCCAAGCUUUGUUCUAACAUGAAAGGCAGGACCUUCUGGAGGAGAUAUUGAAUUGAGGUCAUUUUCCCCCACCUGUUGCAGAUGCCUUUCUGGAAAAACAGAAAUUAAAAAUAGAUAGUGCAAAGCAAAGGAGUAACCGCAGGUCUCAUGACAGCAUCACCUACAGCAGAGGAACUUUAACCAAAUGUGCUGUGAAAACAACAACCAUUUCUUUCACACAGUAUGUUCUUGGAAGCUUGGCAGCCGAAGUCCUGUUCUUGAAAACAUGCACUGAGAGGUGCUCUGGAAACUGCUGCACUUGGUGAAACACCAUUGCUCAGCUUGUGCAGCGUGCUGGCGUACUCAGCAUGCUGCCUUAUGGAUUCCAUCUGACAAUCUGCGAAGCACUGAUGGUUUGAUAAAAUCUCCUCCUGAUGGGAAGCCCCCUUAGAUCAGCGUCUGCUGGGCAGCCCAGCCCAUGGCAGUGCCAGGCAUCACGGUGCUGCUGGGUGAGGGA